AUGACGUCACCUCGCUUUCUGUUCCUGUCGUUCGCGGCCAACAACCUGGGCUGGAUCGUCUGGUACCGGAGGGUGGUCGGGGACCCGGCCGUAGUCAGCGAGAACUCGGUGGCGUGCCAGACGCUGCACGUGGCGCUGCAGUACCUGAUGCUGGCCAACUACCUGUGGAUGUUCUGCGAGGGCCUCCACCUGCACCUGGCGCUGGUCGUCGUCUUUGUCAAGGACGAGUCGGCGAUGCGCUGGUUCCUGCUCGUGGGCUGGGGACUGCCGCUGCCCAUCGCCGCUCUCUACGUGGGGGUCCGCAUGUCGCGGCCUGCGGACGUGCUGCAGUGCUGGAUGCACGACAGCACGGCGCAGUGGGUGCUGACGGUGCCGGUGUGCCUGUCGCUGGUGGCGAGCGCCGUCUUCCUGGUCAACGUGGUGCGUGUGCUGCUCACCAAGCUGCACACGCACUCGGCCAACCCGGCCCCAGUGGGGCUACGCAAGGCGGCGCGCGCCGCCGCCAUCCUGGUGCCGCUGUUCGGCCUGCAGCACGUGCUGCUGCCGUUCCGGCCGGCGCCGCACGAGCCGGGCGAGCGCGCCUACCAGCUCAUCUCCGCCGUGCUCGUCUCGCUACAGGGCCUGUGCGUGUCGUGCCUGUUCUGCUUCGCGAACGUGGACGUGCACGGCGCGUUGCGUCCGCUGCUGUGCCGGCUGUGGGGGCGGCAGCGCGCUGCCUCGAUGCACACUCAGAGCCGCGACGUCUGCGCCGGGGGCGGCGCCGGCGGCGGGGGCGGCCGCAGCCGCAGCCUCCGCUCUCCGGAGCCGCCGCCGCCUCCUCUGCUGCGCCACGCCGUGGCUCCUGGAGAGCGGAAGCGGCGGAGAGGAGGCCGGGGCUCGCGGCGCGGAACGCUGAAUGGGCCGCCGCGGCGGCCUGCGUGGGCGCGCGUGACGGCCGGCGGGGGCGGCGGCGGGGGCGGGCCGCGGCGGCACGCUAGGCCGCCGUACUUAAGGCGCGCCGCGCCGCCGCCGGCGCCACUGACGCGCACGUAG